CACCUGGCCUGUUUGAAGUGUUUGAUCUAACUGAAACGAUGGUUUUUAUCUUUCACAUGCUAGAAAUAUAGAGAUUAAGAAGUAAUCUGUAUGCCGACUCAUGGAUUAUUUUAGUUAACUAAGAAUUAUCGUCCAUGCCAUGCAUGGAUCAUGAUUUUUUGAAGAAUUAGAAGACAAUUCUUAGCAGUCAGAAUUUUCUGAACAUAAUUACUCAUUUAAGUUCUUGUGACAUCAGCAGCUGUUUGUUUAUGAGUAUUGUUACUAUCGUACAAUAGUAUAUAUCUUACAAGGAGUAGGAAAUCAAGCUGAACUCUAUUAACCCUAUGAUGUAUGCCAAAAGUGACUGACUCUUCUGAAUUUCUGAUGGCUUCAUAUUUACUUGCCACUUGUCUCAUUUUUCUUCAAACUUGAGGAUUGUAAAUUUCCAUAUGUUUUAGAUUUAAACUUAGUUGUGAAUAAAGAGGAAUUUCUGACACUCACGUUCCUUGUUUAUAUGAUCAGAUUAUCAGUAAACAGUGUGGGAACAAAAGGCGUGAGCAGAACAUUCAGUGGGUUUGAUUCUUUGCAUCUAAUGUCAUUUAAUACUAGUUGUUUUGAUUGCCCUGGCCUUUCCAGAGCUUCUGCUAAUCAAGAAUAUACUUUGAAAAUCAUCAGAGACCUAGUAACUGUUGAGCUUGGUUUUGGCUGUCAGGCCCCUGUUCUGCUGAUGGAUUGAGGUAGCAACAAUUGCAGAGACAGAUGAAUCUGCCGAAUCAGAAGGUGUAAUUGAUUCUCAUAAGCGUAGAGAAAUCCUUUCACGAAGACCCUCUUAUAGGAAAAUACUGAACGAACUGUCCUCUGAUGUGCCUGGUGUUCCCAAGAUUGAAGAAGAAAGAUCAGAGGAAGAAGGAACACCACCUAACAUUGCUACCAUGGCAGUACCAACUAGCAUAUAUCAGACUAGCACGGGGCAAUACAUUGCUGUAGCCCAAGGUGGAACAAUCCAGAUUUCUAACCCAGGAUCUGAUGGUGUUCAGGGACUGCAGGCAUUAACAAUGACAAAUUCAGGAGCUCCUCCACCAGGUGCUACAAUUGUACAGUACGCAGCACAAUCAGCUGAUGGCACACAGCAGUUCUUUGUCCCAGGCAGCCAGGUUGUUGUUCAAGCUGCCACUGGUGACAUGCCAGCUUACCAGAUCCGAGCUCCUACCGCUGCUUUGCCACAGGGAGUGGUGAUGGCUGCAUCGCCCGGAAGUUUGCACAGUCCCCAGCAGCUGGCAGAAGAAGCAACACGCAAACGAGAGCUGAGGCUAAUGAAAAACAGGGAAGCUGCCCGGGAGUGUCGCAGGAAGAAGAAAGAAUAUGUCAAAUGUCUUGAAAAUCGUGUGGCUGUGCUUGAAAACCAAAACAAGACUCUCAUUGAGGAACUCAAGGCCCUCAAAGAUCUUUAUUGCCAUAAAGUAGAGUAACUGUCUUUGACUUGGACCUUGUUUACUGUGAACUCUAAUCAAGGCAGGAGAUGCAGCAGUUCUACUUAUUGCCAUGUGGACUUGUGGAAAGGACACGUGUGACCCUUAAGAAUCCAGUUUGGAUUAGUGUUUGAAAUUGAAUUGGGAAUGUUGUUCCAGGAUGUGGAAUGCAGCCGUGAUCACACUUACCGAGCUUACUUUGAUCUGUUUGUCAAUAGCAUGCAAAAAAUGCUUUGUUUGCCCUUUGCUUCUGCUUUUUUCAGGGAAGCUGCCAAAGAAUGUCGACGUCGAAAGAAAGAAUAUGUAAAAUGUCUGGAGAGCCGAGUUGCAGUGCUGGAAGUCCAGAACAAGAAGCUUAUAGAGGAGCUUGAAACCUUGAAAGACAUUUGUUCUCCCAAAACAGAUUAGUAGAAAUAUUUAACUAUGAACUGAAGACAGCAUGUAUAGUUGCUUUUGAAGGAAUACAAUAUAUAGCUGGCAAGAAUGGUGGCUUCUUUUCUUUGUAUCAUUCAUCUUCUUCUUUAAUCACUUAACAUUCCUAAAAUGCUUCACUGUACGUAGUUAAGUCAUAGCUAUAACUUCAAAUUUUUUAAAAGAGACAAACUGUAAAAAAUGUGUGUAUUCUUAAAAUGCAAUAUUUGUAAGGCUUGUUCCAAUGCCACAUACUUGCAGCUCCCAUUCUAUGUGUCAUCAAUAGUGUCCUAUGCAAUAAAAUUAUUUGUAGGUCUUUAAAUCAUCUUAGGAAAGGAUGAUCAAAAAUAAUGCAUCCAGCAGUACAAUAAAAGUAACCACAAAAAAUACCUCAGGAAAGAAGAGAAAGAAAGUCUAUCUAAUGACAUGCCUAUAUGAGAAGAAUAGCCUAGAUAUGAAUAUAUGGCAUUUGCAGAUUUUUAUAUUAGUCGCUUUGUUAAAAAAAAAAAAAGAUUGUAUUGCUGUCCUUGAAUGCCAUAGUCAAAGAGAGUUUUUAAUAGAACCAUGUUGGUUGCACUUUGUAGUGUUUGGUGCUCAUUUAAAUAUCUGAACAUUUACUACAGUUUUUAACUCCAUUGUGUCAUAUAAAAGAUCUUGCAGAAGUUCUUAGUGUCGGUUUAAUAUUACCUAAUGAAAGUGAUGACAUAUUUUUUACAUCUGGAAUGAGCCUGUUGGGAUCGCAUUGCAUACCUUCGGGGUACAAGUCAGUUUCUACACUGGGUGCUGAUCCUUGCACACGCCCUUUCUCCCAUCUCACAGUGGGGAUGGCCGCAGGGCUGUGCACCCAGAAGAAAAUGGCUGUUAGCGUUUCAGCCUUCAUAAUGGCCUGAGACUUUCUUUCGGUAGGUAGUCUGGAGCUGUCCGGCUGGUGGCCCCCUAUUUUGCCAUUUAGCGAACAACCACAGGAAUUUUAAAAACAAAAACAUCCCAAGAUUUUUUCGUUUCAAAACGCUUCAAAGUCCACAUUAGAUCAGAUACUCGGCUGUCAGCACAUUCAGCUGAGGCUGAUUACAACCGAGACUGCAAUGUGAUCUACGUUUCAUCUUGUUUUUAUAAUAAAAAGCUUCAGGGAACAAGCCCAAAGCCCUCACC